UACACAAAUUAAGAUAACCGGGUUUCAUUUCUAAGGAGGAAGUUAGGAAAGUUUUGGAAUAAUUUUAUUAAGUUGAGGUUCAAGAAAAUGGCAAAUGCAAGUGAUGAGUUUAGGCUAGCAUCUUCUGGCAUCGACCAUGAAGGUAGGCUGCCACGAAAAUACACAGAUGAAGGUCAAGGUGCAAAAAGUAGAAUAUCACCACCUUUAGAAUGGUAUAAUGUCCCGAAUGGGACUAAAACAUUAGCACUAGUGGUGGAAGAUAUAGAUGCACCCGACCCAAAUAGCCCCCUUGUUCCAUGGACCGUAUGGGUGGUGACCAGUAUACCACCGAAUUUGAAAGGACUGCCUGAGGGGUUUUCAGGCAACGAGGACGAAAUGGGAGGGGAUUAUGCGAAAAUUAAAGAAGGGAAUAACGAUUUGAAGGUACCAGGAUGGCGCUGCCCAACAAUACCAACACCCGGACAUCGGUUUGAGUUCAAACUCUAUGCAUUGGAUGAUGAAAUCGAUUUGGGAAAUAAGGUGACGAAGGAAAAGCUACUAGAGGCAAUUGAUGGGCAUGUACUUGGCGAAGCUGUUCUGGUGGCCAUAUAUUAAUCGAUCAAAAGUAUAAUAUAUGUAUCUACGUACUAAUUAAUGUUCGUAGCUGUACUAUUUAUUCUCCAUAUGUAUGCAUGUUAAAAGACCACUUGAUUAA